AUGGUUGUGGCAAUUGUGACAGGCGCCUCAAGAGGCAUCGGGCGGGCGAUUGCCCUGCAGCUUGCCGAUGACGGGAUGGAUGUUGCAGUCAAUGACAUCCAAGCACAGGCUCAAGAGUUGGAGGCCGUCAAGGCGGAAGUGGAAGCAAAAGGUGGGAAGAACCUCAGCGGUGGAGAUGCCACUCCUGGGAACGUCAAAAUUGUCUUGCAUUGCCUACUUCCAAAUGCUCACGGAAAUCCGGCGCAGGCAGAAGAUCGAUCUGUCUUUUUGCCGAUAACUGACCUUGAGAUCCCCGCAGCUAAGCAGAUGAUCAAGCAAGGCAAAGGAGGAAAAAUCCUCGGGGCUUGUUCCACUGCUGGCUUCAAGGCGACCGGCAAUGCCGGAGCAUACUCGACCAGCAAAUGGGCCGUUCGGGGACUGACCCAGCUUGCGGCGGGAGAGUUUGCACCUUACGAUAUCAACGUGAAUGCCUACGCGCCCGGCCCCGUCGACACACCAAUGUGGAAGGCGAUUGGCGCCAGCCUCUCCCAGCGACAUGGCAUUGAUCCAGAAGUUGCGUUCCAGAAAUCUGUCGAGGCACGAGCAGUGCUCAAGCGUUCGCAGACCCCUGAAGAUAUCGCCAAUCUGGUCAGUUUUCUAGCAAGUCCCAAAGCGAGGAACAUCACGGGUCAGACCGUCUUGUGUGAUGGAGGCAUCAAUUUCUCGUGA